AUGAUAACGAAUUUAUCACGCAACGCGACUUCGGAGGCCGCCAAAAGGAAACGACGUCGUCCAUGGAGGGACAAGGACCGGAGGAGGCCGCUGCCGCCGCUGCCGCCGCUACCACCACCGCCGAGGCCGAUGAGAAGAACAUGAUGGAACCUUCGAUUCGAGCUCUGGUAAAGGCCAUCCAUUCCGGCCCUACUCAGGUCGUUCUAUACCUCGCCGGCGGCGCCUCUCAGGCGAUCGGGUGGUUACUCUCAGUUCCUGGAGCUUCCAACACUGUUCUCGAAGCCGUGGUUCCUUACUCCAGAAUGUCCGCGAUUCAGUUACUCGGCAAGGUGCCAAGCCAAUUUUGUAGCAGGAAAACUGCUGAAGAAAUGGCUCUGCUUGCUUAUAAUCGCGCUCUCAAGCUUUCCCAAUUAGAUUCUCCUGUCCUUGGAGUAGGUUUCACAGGUGCAUUGGCCAGUCCGCAGCCGAAGCAUGGGGACCACAGGUUUUAUGUCUCAACAAGAACAUCUGGUCGACUUCGGGUGUCUACUGUUACUUUAUCAAAGGGAGUGCGUACUAGGGAGCAAGAAGAUGAGGUCUCAAGCCAGGUCUUACUCAAGGCAAUUGCAAGUGCAUGCAAAGUUCCUGUGGCAUUUGCUUCAAAAUUAACCGAAUCUGAUAUGUUUGAAGAAUCUGAAGAAAGGUUCAAUGAAGAUGAAGAACUAGAGCAGUUAAUCGAUGGGAAAAUAUGCUACAAGCUUUAUCCAUUCUCCAAGGAAUCACAUGUAUCCGAAGCUGACAGAAAACUCAUAUUGCCUGGUUCAUUCAAUCCUUUACACGAUGGUCAUCUGAAGUUGUUGGAAGUUGCUGCAAGCAUCUGCAGCAAUGGCUAUCCCUGCUUUGAAGUUUCAGCUGUCAAUGCUGACAAACCUCCAUUGUCGGUGGAACAAGUAAAAGAACGCGUCAAGCAAUUCGAAAAAGUUGGGAAAACAGUAAUCAUAUCUAAUCAGCCUUACUUUUAUAAGAAAGCAGAACUGUUUCCGGGCAGUGCUUUCGUGAUUGGUGCAGACACUGUGGCAAGGCUUAUCAACCCCAGGUACUACGAAGGGAGUUACAGUAAGAUGGUGGAGAUACUUGCUGGAUGCAAGAGCACUGGAUGCACUUUUCUCGUGGGAGGCCGUAAUGUGGAUGGUGUCUUCAAGGGUCUUGAAGAUUUUGAGAUUCCAGACGCAUUAAAGGACAUGUUUGUUCCGAUACCAGCUGAGGCUUUUCGCAUGGAUAUUUCCUCCACCGAGUUAAGAAAGAGCCGUGGACUCGAAUAAAAUGAUCAAAAGGAAUGGGCUUGUCUAAACAUUUCAUUGACAUAACUUAUAUACAUUAUCAGUGCUGGACUCGAAUAAUUUUUUUACUUGUACUGUUGAGAUGGAUUGAAUCUAGCAGCUUAAGCUGAAACAGAGCAGGACAGGACAUGUAAUGUACAGUAACCAUAACCUGAAAGCUCAAACAAGAGAUCUAGAAUGUGUUUGGAUUUAGAGUAGAGUUGAGUUGAGUUUUUGUUUUAA